GGUGUGGCCACGGGAACAAGAGCGACACUGUCCAGCCCUGUGUCAGAACAGGUGUCGGUGUCGUAUGGCCAGAUCUUGAUUCACCAGCCCACUUUCUUGGGCAUGUGUGGGGUCAUGUUUCCUCGACCGACUUUGUGAGCCCCCGUCCCCCGGCGGAGCGGAGACCAUGGCCUCUCAGGGUCCCCAGGCCCCACUGGAAUUCGGGGGGCCCCUGGGCGCCGCGGCGCUCAUGCUGCUGUUGCCCGCCACCACGAUCCACCUGCUCCUGGUGGCCCGCUCCGGCCCAGCUCGCCUCCUGGGUCCACCCCCGCACCUGCCCGGGCUCUCAGCGCUGUGGAGCCCUCCAGCGCUGCUGCUGUUGCUCACCUGGCUCGGCCUACAGGCAGCGCUCUAUCUGCUGCCGGCGCGCAAGGUGACGGAGGGGCUGGAGUUGAAGGACAAGAGUCGCCUGCGCUAUCCUAUUAACGGCUUCCAGGCCCUGGUGCUGACAGCCCUAUUGGUGGGGCUGGGGCUGUCUGUGGGACUUCCCCUGGGGAUGCUCUCGGACAUGCUGCUGCCCUUGGCGUUCACGACCACCCUCACCACCUUCAUCUUCAGCUUCCUUCUCUAUAUGAAGGCCCAGAUGGCCCCUCCCUCGGGCCUGGCACCUGGGGGAAACUCAGGCAACACCAUUUACGACUUCUUCAUGGGACGGGAGCUGAACCCUCGAAUUUGUUCCUUUGACUUCAAAUAUUUCUGCGAGCUGAGGCCUGGCCUCAUUGGCUGGGUCCUCAUCAACCUGGCCCUUCUUAUGCAGGAGGCGGAGCUGCGGGGGAGCCCCUCCCUGGCCAUGUGGCUGGUAAAUGGCUUCCAGCUGCUGUAUGUGGGCGAUGCCCUCUGGCAUGAGGAGGCUGUCCUCACCACCAUGGACAUCACCCAUGAUGGGUUUGGCUUCAUGCUGGCAUUUGGCGACCUAGUCUGGGUACCCUUCACCUACAGCCUGCAGGCUCAAUUCCUGCUCCACCACCCACAGCCCCUGGGGCCGCCCACCGCCUUGGUCAUUUGCCUCAUCAAUGCCGUUGGUUACUACAUUUUUCGUGGGGCCAAUUCCCAGAAAAACACUUUCCGGAAGAAUCCUUCUGACCCCAGCGUGGCUGGCCUCGAGACCAUCCCUACAGCCACGGGAAAGAGGCUGCUGGUGUCUGGGUGGUGGGGUAUGGUCCGCCAUCCCAACUACCUUGGGGACCUUGUCAUGGCUCUGGCCUGGUCCUUGCCCUGUGGGUUGUCCCACUUGCUCCCCUACUUCUACUUUCUCUACUUCCUCGCGUUGCUGGUGCACCGGGAGGCUCGAGAUGAGCGGCAGUGCCUACAGAAGUACGGCCGGGCCUGGCAGGAGUACUGCCAGCGUGUGCCUUACCGUAUCAUACCCUACAUCUACUGAACAGUCCUGUGGCCUACGCACCAGAAGCCAAGAAGCCAGGAUACACAGGGACUUAUGAGCCUGCACCCCAACCAGCCCAGAGCUGGACCAAGCUCACAGAAGAGGUGUUGGGAGCACUGUCCCCCUUUGCAUAAAUGUCCAGAACCCACA